GACCGUUGUCCAUGCGCCGAAUGUGACCGUGUGGUUUAUGGUUCUGUGUGGUACCGAGCUGGACUGGAGGAGGCGCAGCAUCCAGCCGUGUUUUCAUCCUCUGGUGCCGUGAGACUAGUUCCAAGGCCGGCGAGACACCGAUCAUCACCGGAGACAGGGACAGCAGCGAAUAUUUGGCUUAUUCAGUCAUAUUCUGGCCAGGAUUUCGGUGGUUCGGGUGAACGUUCGGAUGUGUGGAGGAGGGACCGCCGGAGGGAACAUCCCUCUCCUCCGGACUGUUGUUAGCUGACGCUGCUAACGAUGCUAGCCCGUCUCCCCACCGGUGGAAGCGGCCCUGUGGGCUCCGGAGCUGCUCGGCGGCCCAGGUGGUUUGUCAACAGCUGACUGAGGAUGUCGUGGCAGGAGUGAGGGGCUCCGUGGCCCAGAGGUGUAGGGAGGAGGAGGAGGUGUCUCCUGUGUCUCUCUUCUUCUCAUCCUCUGGACUUGACAGUGCAGACCUUCAGGUGUGGCUCUUCCCACCUGCCUCCCAGACCCGCCCCUCUUUUCCUUGCACCAUGCUGUGGUUGCACUGCUGGUGGAGCUUCUAAGGAAGUCUGGAGGGCGACUCGGAGCCCCCGGAUCCCCCGGGGGAUGUCUACCUGCCCCUACUGGACCAAAAUCAUCACGAGGACCACAUCUGGACCUCUGAUGGCUUAAUGCCCGAGAGCAGCUACUGGCAGGUCUGCGCAGCUGCCAAGUCCAACCUCCAGGGUGGGCUACUGAGCUCAAGUUUUCCCCCUGGCCCUGGGCCUCUGGUUCCCCUGGAUGCUCACCUGCAGGAGGGGGGCGACCCCCUGGAGGAUCCGUCCUCUCAACCGCAGCAGCACCGCCCCCUGGCCCCCAGCAGCUCGGCUUCAGAGCUGACCCUUCCUGGUGCUGCGGCCCCGCUUGGGCCCCCUCCUCCACCACCACCCAAACGCCACUGUCGAUCACUCUCGGUGCCAGAGGACUUGUCGCGCUGCCGCUACACAUGGCGGCCGAGCGCCUCCAGGGUUUGGACCCCUGUCAGUCGCCAGCAGUACCACGGAGGGGUCACUGGUGGGGGUGCUGGACCUGGAGGAGGAAUAGCCAGUGGUGCAGCGCUGGGGGGCGGAGCCUGUCCAUUGCGUGCGCCCAGUUCGUCUCUGAACUCCUCACUGCACUCAUCCUCCAGUCCCACCUUCUUCAGCUUGGCCCUGUCCCCAGACUCUCCCCUGCCCUGGACCUUCCCCUGGGACCCCAGUGAGGCAGCAGCAGGCGGCGGAGGCUGCUGCUGCUUUUUUCCCUCCCCAUCGUCAUGUUCCUCUUCUCCGUCACCCCUCCAUCCACCCCCUCAGCGCAGAUUCUCCCUCUCGCCAGUCCUCAUCAGAGACUCUGCCGCUGCCCCCUUCCUGCCGCCCCCACCUGUGCCUAGCCAAGUCCCGCCCCCAAACUGUUGCAACGUGACCGGGGCCACAGGGGGUCCGGUCCCCGCUUCCCCCUCUUCAGCCUGCAGCACCCCGUCGUCACUUCGCCGCAGCCUGCCGCCUCCUUUGCCGCGUUGCCACUCACAACCAUGUGACCUGCUGCUACUCAAGCCCGGACUGAAGCGACGACGGGACCCGGAGAGACCUCGUGCGCGCCCUCUUCUGGACUUCACAAAGAUGACUCAGACACGCAGCAUCGACCCCCAAGUUCUGGAGCGGGGCGCCGCGGGUCGCAUGGCGUGCAGUGGUGACAUCUACAUGGGCGACUUCCGCCGUUCCUGCUCGCCCGCCGAAUGUUUAGGUCGCAGCAGCAUCGGUCCUCUGAGCGAAAGCGACGAGGAGUGCAGAGAAGAGGAUGACGACGACGACGGCGAGGGGGAGGAGCCGGCAAGCGAGCGGGAGGGGGCGCAACAGCAGCCGGUGUUUGAGCGUGACUGUACAGAACUGGACUUAAACCUGAUUGAGGAAAACUGAUCAAUUUGUAAAUAAACAUUGUUUUUAAAUGAACUUUUUUUUUAAAAUCCCUCCUUUACUUCCUGGAAAAAAAGACUCCGCCUCCCUUGUACUACGUCAAAGAGAGGCUCUCAGGAACAGCUCCUCACCAGAUUUCCAGACGACAGUGAUGAUUUGACGACCUCCAACAUCCCACUGCAAACUCCCCAGAACAACAGCAGAUGAUGGGUGUGGCUACGCCUUUUGAGUUUAGGUAGUUUCUUGUGCAGCUUCCUUUUCAGUUCAUUUGUGUCGCCAUGGCAACAUAAUAGAAAAUAAAGCACAGGAGACGCCAAACUCAAAAUACCGACGGGAGGUUUUCUGGUUUUUGUCAAACAUGUUUUUGUUCCUAAAUUUACUGAGGGGAAACUGCUGCAGUACUGCCGUCCAGCAACCGAGGCCGUCACUGAUGCUGUCUUGUGUGUGUGUGCGUGCGCGCUUGCGUGAGAUCAUGUUACCUGCUGAGAACCCAUCGUUCUCUGUUCUGCUCAAGUAUUGAUCAAUUUGCAAGGACACCUAUCCUUGAUAGUGUUUGUUAACACAGAGGGCAUAUGAAGUCAUACUCACCCGCACAGUUAUUAAAAGACACUGGCAUUUUUUUUCCCAACCGUGAAAACUAUUUUGUUUAUUUUUGCUUUUCCUCUGGAUAUUUGUGACGUGAUGUAUGAGCGCCGGCAAUGAACGCAUCAUGUUAUCAUACACUUUUUUAUCGUCCUGUUAAUAAGUGACAGUUUAUCAAUAAAUUAAGUUUAUUGAGAAUUAUUUUACAAAAACAAAUUGUUUCGCUGAGUUUUUGCUUCUUUC